AGCAGCAGGAGGGAGAAGUGCUGAAAUCCCUCGUGACGUCACGGAGAGAUAAUGGGAGAGGAGUCAGCAGCAGAUGCAGGAAACAGCGCUGCCCCUUUAAAUAUCGCACUCAUGCCUCGGAUGGAGCUUUAGAGGAACCGCAGAGCUCCAGAAAAACAGCCCAAAAAAUCCAUCGUGACAUGACAACCGGAUUUUAACACUGCGUCUUUCAUACAUCAACAUUUAGGCCUUAACCUUCAGAAUCAUGCCAGAACAGAGCAAUGAUUAUCGGGUGGUUGUAUUUGGAGCCGGCGGGGUGGGCAAGAGCUCGCUGGUCCUGCGUUUUGUGAAGGGGACGUUUCGAGAGAGCUAUAUCCCCACUGUCGAGGACACCUACAGGCAGGUGAUCAGCUGCGACAAGAGCAUCUGCACCCUCCAGAUCACAGACACCACAGGCAGCCACCAGUUUCCAGCCAUGCAGCGUCUGUCAAUCACCAAAGGCCACGCAUUCAUCCUGGUCUACUCCAUCACCAGCAAACAGUCUCUGGAGGAGCUCAAGCCUAUAUUUGAGCAGAUCUGCCAGAUUAAAGGCGACAUCGAGAACAUCCCCAUCAUGCUGGUGGGCAACAAGAGCGAUGAAAUGAACAUUCGUGAGUUGGAGAGCGGUGACGGAGAGGCCUUGGCAAAGAAGUGGAAAUGUGCCUUUAUGGAGACGUCAGCCAAGACAAAUCACAACGUCAAAGAGCUGUUCCAGGAGCUGCUCAACCUGGAGAAGCGCAGGACAGUCAGCCUUCAGAUCGACGGCAAGAAGAGCAAGCAGCAAAAACGGGCUGAGAAGCUGAAAGGCAAAUGUGUGGUCAUGUGAAGAAGUGUGUCUGAAAAACCAAAACGUUUUCACAUUCAUGAUAUUGAAGGAUUGGUUAACCCUAAUAUUUAAAAUACUGUCAUUAUGUACUCAAAGUCGUUCCAGAAACAUUGAGGGUGCAUUAUUUUCUAAUCAUUCAAAGUAAUUAUUCCACUUAUCCAGUGGUUCCCAAACCUAAAUACACUCAGAUGUUGUAUUUCAAGACAUUUGUCAGGGUUUGUUGUCAACCCUGCAGGCACAGGUCGUCAAUAUGAUGUCAUAUUGACAUUGUAUCCAAAUGUACCCCAACAUCAUGAGGACGUUGGAUUUUGUUUGGAAAUAAAAAUCAGGUUGACAUCAGAACCCAUCGUCAGGCUGGCAUCAAUAUCCAGCGUCAAACCUAAUAUCAACGUCUAAUCAUGUUACACCUUGACGUUGUGUGGACGUUAUCACUAUGACAUCUAUCAGACGUUGGGUUUUGGUCAUUUUCAAAC